GAUGCGUCCCUAUGAAUGGUGCUCAAGUCUGAACUCCUGGGAGGGUGCUGUUUUGGACAGCUCUUGGGGGUGACUCUGUGUGGUUGUGCAAAGCCUGGAGAAGCGAGGGCAUUAGGACCAGGAGAGAGAAGCGAGCUUUUCUCCCGUUGUGUCUGGCAGAGAGUUCCUGCAGAGCUGGAGGUAUGUGUGAAAGGAAACCGGGACAGAGCCUGCCGGCUUUGCAACUGUUGCUCUGACCUGACUCAAGGCAUCCAAAGGAGGAUGUCUGUCAUCUUGGCUUGACUGAAUUCCCAGCAACUUGCCCCAGACAGCCUGUAGAACCUGACCACUCACGCAGAGGAGGAAAGAACAUGGGGCUAAUCACUAGAGCAGGAUGGACAAGAGCAGAGUGAGAGGGGAGCCAACAACCGAAGACCCUUCUCAGAAGACAGCUAACACUCAGAGAGGACCCAGGACCCCAGGCUCCGGUAACUUUCUGAUUCUAGAGGGCAGUGAGUCUUACAAAUGCUGUUAGCAAAUGUCUGGUGGGAUAAAAGGAGCAGGUGACUGGCAAAAAAGCCUUUCAGCUGGAAUGAACAGCCCAGGUUCAGUUAUAAGCUUGAAGGUACCUGGAUAGCAAGGAGAAAGCAAACUUGAUCAGGACCUGUUGCUUCGGGAGAGUGGCUGCAACAUGCUCCUGAGGAAGCGACCCAGGAGUGGACGUUCCAGGCUUCAGUUCCUCCUACUCUUUCUGACUCUGGGAUGUGUCCUGAUGAUGGCGAUCAUGCUGCAUCCUCCCCCGCCCACCCUACACCAGGCUGUCACAGCCCAGGCUAACAAACACAGCCCUGACACGGAGCAUCGCCUGGACUUUGGGGACUCUCAGGAGUGGGUUCUGGAGGCUGAGACUGAAGGUGAGGAAUACAGUUUCUUAGAUGGCCUGCCACCCUUCAUCUCCCUGCAGGAGGAUCAAUUGCUGGUGGCUGUGGCCUCACCCAGAGCUAGGAGGAAUCAAAGCCAGGGCAGGAGACAGGGCAGCUACCAGUUCAUCAAACACAUGAGCAGGAGGCGGGGUGAGCAAGCCCUUGAGAAGGACUGGAGGACUGUGGAAGAUGGGGAGGAAUCCGAAGAAGAAACACUGACCCCGCUCAGCCUGGACUCAGAUGGCCUCAACAAGCCACUCAGUGCCAGCCUGCCCCUGAGGAGAGUCCUGCCCGAGGCGAGGCACCCACUGUGUCUGCAGCAGCACCCUACAAGUGGCCUGCCUACAGCCAGCAUCAUCCUCUGCUUCCAUGACGAGGCCUGGCCCACGCUCUUGAGAACUGUGCACAGCAUCCUGGACACGGCACCCAGGGCCUUGCUGCAGGAGAUCAUCCUUGUAGAUGACCUCAGCCAGCAAGAACCACUGAAGUCUGCUCUCAGGGAACAUGUGGCCAGGCUGGAGGCUGUGAAGUUGCUCAGGAGCAACAGGAGGCUCGGCACCAUCGGAGCCCGGAUGCUGGGGGCUGCCAGAGCCACCGGGGACGUGCUGGUCUUCAUGGAUGCCCACUGUGAGUGCCACCCUGGCUGGCUGGAGCCCCUCCUCAGCAGAAUAGCUGAUGACAGGAGCCGAGUGGUGUCUCCAGUCAUAGAUGUGAUUGACUGGAAGACGCUUCAGUACACUGCAUCCAAGCUGCAUCGAGGGGUGCUGGAUUGGAAGCUGGAUUUCCGAUGGGAGCUCCUGGGGGAGCAGGAGCACAAGGCCCUCCCAUCCCCCAUCAGCCCUGUCAGGAGCCCUGUGGUACCCCGAGAGGUGGUGGCUGUGGACAGACAUUACUUCCAAAACACCGGAGCUUAUGACCCCCUUCUGUCACUGUGGGGUAGUGAAAAUCUCGAGAUGUCCUUCAAGGCCUGGCUCUGCGGUGGCUCUGUUGAAAUCCUUCCCUGCUCUCGAGUGGGACACAUCUACCAAAGCCAAGAUGCCAGCUCCAGGCCUGACCCCGGGGUCAUCUUGAGGAACAAGAUCCGCAUUGCUGAGACCUGGUUAGCUUCCUUCAAGGAAACCUUCUACAGGCAUAUCCCAGAGGCCUUUUCCAUGAGCAAGAUUGCAAAGCCAGACUGUACAGAGCGCCUGAAGCUGCAAAGGAGACUGGGAUGCCGGACAUUCCACUGGUUUCUGGCCAAUGUCUACCCUGAGCUGUACCCAUCUGAGCACAGGCCCAGGUUCUCUGGAAAGCUCCACAACACUGGCUUUGGCCUCUGUGCAGACUGCCAAGCAGAAGGUGACAUCCUGGGCUGCCCCAUGACACUAGCUCCUUGCAGUAACAACCGGCAGCAACAGAACCUGGAGCACACCAGCAGGAAGGAGAUUCUCUUCAGCAGCCCACAGCGCCUGUGCUUCGACGUCAGAGGAGAGCAGGUGAUUCUGCAGAACUGCACAGAGGAAGGUCCCGCCAUCCAUCAACAGCACUGGGACUUCCAGGAGGAUGGAAUGAUCAUCCACAUUCUUUCUGGAAAAUGCAUGGAAGCUGGGGUUCAGCCAAGCAAUAAGGAUUUGUAUUUGCAUCAGUGUGAUGGUAAAACCAGCCAGCUGUGGCGAUUCGACCAGAUCCACCCUGUGGAUGAACGAUGACCUUGACAGAGAACAGACAAAUGCUGGGCAUCAUAUUCCUCUGCUCUUGUGUGUCCCGAGCCAGCCCAAACAAACAACAACAAAAACGAAAACGUAGAAGAUCUCUCCAGGUACCUUACAGCAUUGACUGUUGACUGUUUUUUGUUGUUUGGUAUGGUUUUUUCGAGACAGGGUUCCUCUGUAUAGCCUGGUUGUUCUGAAACUAACUCUGUAGACCAGGCUGGCCUCAAACUC